UUGAAUAAGGGAAGUUUGACAGAGAGCAGAGAGACUCUUCACCGCGCAGCACUGCUCCGCUCAGUGUGAAAGCCUCCGCUGUUUGCUUGGACGACCGGGUUUCUUUCCAAGAUCUCCUCCAGCUCCAAGGAAGACAGUUUUCAGUGUUUGUUUUUCUUUCUUUCUGCCCUGUUUCUCUUCCUGUUUCUCUGUUUGUUUGUUUGUGUCUCGCGCGCUCACUCGGGAUUUGUGAUGGAUGUUCUACCCAUGUGCAGCAUUUUCCAGGAGCUGCAGAUCGUCCAUGACACCGGCUAUUUCUCAGCUUUACCGUCGCUGGAAGAAUACUGGCAACAGACAUGCUUGGAGCUGGAGCGCUACCUGCAGAGCGAGCCGUACGUCUCGGCAUCCGAGCUCAAGUUCGACCCUCAGGAGGACCUGUGGAGCAAACUGAUCUUGGCGUGCGGUGAUGGCGACAAGGGUGAAAUGGACUCGAACGCCGAUCUCGCUCACGUCAAGGAGGAGGAUGCUCAGGACGGCCCGAUGUCCGAGACGCGCAGCGUGAACUCGGAUGCCAGCAGCGAGGUGUCGGAUAGCUCGGAGGAGCUCUCGCCUACGCACAUCUUUGGCUCGAACCCUCUUGGCUCGGGACACUUGGCCUCAUCCAUCAUCGCCACGCCGCCGUCAUCUCCGGAGGCGCUGCAGGAACCUGGCAUCCCUCAGCUCUGGGGAUCCAUAAACACUGAACUGCACGUAGCCGGUAAGGCCAGGAACAAUGGAACGGCCAAGGGGACGGAUAAACUCGCGCUGCCUGGGGGUGACACGUCUCCGGACGGCAGGAAGAGGGUGCACAGGUGCCACUUCAACGGCUGCCGCAAGGUUUACACGAAGAGUUCACACUUAAAAGCACAUCAGCGGACUCACACAGGUGAGAAGCCGUACAGGUGUUCUUGGGAAGGCUGUGUGUGGCGCUUUGCGCGCAGUGAUGAGCUAACCCGACACUUCAGGAAGCACACGGGUGCAAAGCCAUUUAAAUGCAGUCACUGUGACAGGUGUUUCUCCAGGUCAGACCAUCUGGCCCUGCACAUGAAGAGGCACCUCUGAGCAGGUCGUGGCAAGUGCAGAUUUGCUCUCGUUGUAUCGUGACCAGCCUCCUGGUUGCCCUGCCCUCAUCAGGGGGAGGAGUGUGUGUCCAGCCAAAGCAUGCCAUUUUGCACCGUACCCUGUGCCUCCGGGAAUCUCGGGGAGAAAGGCCUACUGAGCAGUUGUGGAAAAAAAAAAUACAAAAAAAACACACAAAAAAAAUUUAAAAACACAAAAUGAAAAUGGAGAGGGAUGAAAUCACGUGCAAAAAAGAAGAAAAGCAAAGAAUGAAGGACUUUAGGACAAAAUGAUGAUGAUAAAAAAAAAAGAAUGAAUGGUGAAUGAUGGUGUGUGUCAUGUGGUGCAUGUUGUUUUGGGACAGCUCCUGGACAACCAAUACACUGGUACUUAUUAAAAGAAAAAAAAAAGCCUGUCUGGGGUGAACGUGAGCUCGCAGUGUGUGAGGAUAAGUGUAUUAGUGUGUGAGUUGUGGGAGAGGGGUACCAGUGUGUUGCUACAGACUGAGUGGUGUGGGAGAAUUUUUUGUUUUUUCUUCCCCCUUUUCCCUUGCAAGCCUGUGAUGGGGAGAAAGUGUGUCUGAUCAGUGUCGGUGUAGAAGCCAGGACUCGCCCCAUUUCCCCCAGGCUCUGUGUUCUCAAAAGGAUGAUGGGACUUUGGUUACAUCUAAAUGCACCCCUUAUCAACCAUCCACCCCCCCCGCUAAUCCUGCCCCCUUCUGCAGUUGAAGGCUCUAUGGAGUCCCUUCAUGAAUGAAAGUGGCUUUUUUUUUUGUUGUUUUUUUGGUGUGUUUGGUGCAGCUACUAAAUGUGCAAUGUGUUCGGGAGCUUGUUGAUCGACAGGCUACAAAAAAGCUCUUUCGUUGUCCAUUGUAUAAGCUGUGUGCUUAGAGAUAAAACACAAAACUAUAACUUCACUAUCAUAGACAGGUGUUGCAUGGUAUUAGGGUUUGUACUCUUAUUUUUAUUUUUUCCUGUUCCUUGUUAUCAGGACUGCUAAUAGAUUCCAAUAAAGUGCAGCUAAAUACGAAUGGUUAAAUGUUACAAUAUAUUGUACAUAAAUGGAUUGAUGAUUCUUCUCUUUAAAUCCUGUCAUUGAUGCUUUUUUUUUUUUUGUGAGGAAAACCACUAUUGCUUAGCGUUUCAUUUUAUUCACACGUCUCCGAGUCAUCGAGGACUGCUGUUCUUUCUUUCUUUCUUCCCUCCAUCUCUUUCUUUCUUUCAUUUUUACCUGUUAUUAAUGCACUGUUGACCUUAAUGGUGCCUUAUGCAAGUGACCUUGUCCUGUGGAAUAGAUUGGUCUUGGGGGUCACGCUUGUCUUGUAUGAGUGAACUUAGCUUUAUUAAGGCUCCAUUUCCCAUGAAAAUGCACCUUUUCUUUUUCAAAAGUGGCCGCUCUUUCUCCAUUAUAUGGAGAAAGGCUUAAUUUACUCAUUAACGUUGACAUUCAAACAUGAACAUGGAAGAAAUACAAGCACUUACGGACAGUUUACUACAGUGCAUUACGUAAUGAAUGCUUUUUAAAAUGGACAUUUAAAAAAAACAAAAAUCAUUGGUAACUACAGAAAUACUGCUACUUGUGCAAUAAGGCUCAAGGGGAACUGGGAAAAUUACACAGCUGCUUUGCUAUCAUUUGACACCACAGUUCAGAAGCCUGGACUUGUCUCCCCUGGAACCAAGAUGGAGAGAAAGAGGGGAAAAAAAAUAAUGAUUUAUUGUAAUUAACAAGCUCUAGCAGGACAGGCCUCGCCUUGUAGCGCAUCGGUGUAAUGAAUUACUAAAGGCUUUGCUGGCACACAUUCUGCCACAGACUGCUGACUCCGACAGUUCACUAUUGACCUGUCUGGACGGCGUUGUUUUAGCCUGGCAACAGUAUUAUUGAAACAGAGAGCAGGCAUCCAGAAAGAUCAAGAUGAAUCGCUUCUUUUCAUCCCAUACAAUGUAAAUUUACAGAUGUUGAAUUGAAGCCUUUUGGUUUAUCAGACAGCUUCACUGGAUGUCCUGUAAGCAUAUAUAUAUAUAUAUAUAUAUAUAUAUAUAUUUUUUCUCCGUGAGAUCAAAAUCUCUACCAAGGAUUACAAUCAAUUGCAAUCCCAAUACCUGAAUAUCGUGCAUGCCAUGCAUUCCUGUAAUGUAGGGGCAAUAAAAAAAAAACCUGACAAAGCUCACCAGACAGUAAUACUGUGUAUAUAAUAUCAGGGACUUACUGGAAUCGAGCAGCAGACACACAUGAAUUUUAGAUCAGAUCACUGCAGGAGGAUCAGCAUGAACAAACUGCUAUAAAAUCCAAUCAGCAAGGCUUUAGCGAGCAAAAAGAACAGUACAUCCUCUUUUGGAAAGACUGGGAAGCAGCAUUUAAGCGGUGAUCGAGCCUUAAUCAAGCCUCCCAUCUCUCUUCUUUUUUUUUUUUUUUUUUUUGCUUGUAUCUAUAACCAACGCUUUCUAUCACGCAUUUCCUCUCACACCUUCUCCUGUUGUCUAUUGAAUAUUUGUACAAAAUUGAAAAGAGAUAAGUUAGAAAUGAGAUACAAAAAAAGCAUUUUCUAAGAUUUUUAUUUGUUCCUUCUUUAUAUAAAUUUUAUUUGAAAUUGUUUUGCAAAAUUGUUCUAUUUCUGUAUGAAUGUAUUUUUUAUUGGAAUAAUAAGAAAUUCUUAUCAGACA